ACCUUUAUUUAGCUUAUAUAUAUUGGGCAUAAUUAUCAAGUGAAGAAGAGCAACUUACGGAGUACUAAACAAUCAACAAUGGCUUCCUACUUACAGUUGUUGGUCUUAGUUGUUGUUUCAUCUUUUGUAGUAAUGAGUGAGAGUGCUAGUGUACCAGUCUCACCUGGACUAUCUUACUCAUUUUACUCAUCUAAUUGUCCGAAAUUAGAAUCCAUUGUUAGAAACCAUCUUAAGCAGGUUUUCCAGAAGGAUAUUACCCAAGCUGCUGGUUUGCUUCGUCUUCAUUUCCAUGAUUGCUUUGUUCAGGGAUGCGAUGGAUCGGUAUUGUUAGAUGGGUCAGCAAGUGGGCCAAGUGAACAAGAAGCACCACCAAACUUGUCACUUAGGAAAGAGGCCUUUAAGAUCAUAAAUGAUCUCCGUGGACUUGUUCACAAAACAUGUGGACGAGUUGUUUCUUGUGCGGAUAUUACUGCACUUGCAGCUCGUGAUUCUGUUGUUCUGUCGGGUGGGCCAAACUACAACAUUCCAUUGGGAAGGAGGGACGGUCUAAACUUUGCAUCAAGACAAGUAACACUAGAUAACCUACCAGCACCAUUUAGCAAUACAACAGUCAUUCUGAAAUCCCUUGCAGGCAAAAGGUUUGAUGCUACUGAUGUUGUUGCUCUCUCCGGUGGCCACACCAUUGGACGCGGUCAUUGUUCUUCCUUUACUGAAAGACUCUACCCUAAACAAGAUGGGACAAUGGACCAAACUUUUGCUAAGAACCUCAAGGUUACUUGUCCAACCGCAAACACUGACACCACCACAAAUUUGGACAUUCGUACCCCUAACGUAUUCGACAACAAAUACUACGUCGACCUUAUGAACCGCCAAGGCUUAUUUACUUCUGAUCAAGAUUUGUACACCGAUUCAAGGACAAAGGAUAUUGUCACAAGCUUUGCAAUCAAUCAGAAUUUAUUUUACGAAAAGUUUGUCAAUGCAAUGUUGAAAAUGGGACAACUUGGUGUCUUGACAGGACCACAAGGGGAAAUUCGUGCAAACUGCUCUGUAAGGAAUGCUAACAAGCUAGACUUAUGGUCCGUGGUCGACCAGGGUAAACAACCAAGAUUCUCACAAUUUUAACUCAUGUUUAAUUCAAUGUUUCAUUUCUAGGUCGUAAUGUUUAAUGUUUUUAUCAUAAUUAAAUAAAUCAAGUGCUAGUAAGAUAGGAUUUUAUCUAGAUCAGAUCGAUCUAGUAGCACGCUCAAUAAUAGGACUAUUGUCGUACCUAAACCUGUUUCUUUGUCUUCUUCUCAGUAGUUGCAAUUUUCUAGCAGUCUCUACUUUUAGUAGUUGUAACUUGUUAUUUUCUUAAUGGAAUUUAUCGGUUUCCUUAUUAA